AUGGAGAAGACAGCUGCGGCCGCCGAGGUCCCCAGGGAGGACGGCAAUGCCGGGGAGAUGCCGUCAUUACAGCAGCAGAUCACCAGACUCCACCAAGAGCUUGGGAGACAGGAGUUGCUGUGGGCUGAUGUUCACAGAAAACUCCAGAGUCAUAUAGAUGCCUUGAGGAAGCAGAACCUGGAGCUCCGAGAAGAGCUGAGAGGUCGGCAGCGGCAGCAGUGGAAAGCCAGGAAGAAACCUGCAGCAUCCCCACACGUGGGGCAAGAAUCACACACUCCGGCAUUGGAACCUGCUUUUGGAAAAAUUUCUCCUCUGUCAGCUGAUGAAGAGACAAUGCCCAAAUACCCUGGCCGCAAGAGUCAGAGUGCCACUCUCCUGGGACAAAGACUGUCAUCUAACAACUUAGCUCCUCCAAAGCCAAUGAGUUUAAAGACAGAAAGAAUUAACUCGGGGAAAACACCACCACAGGAAGGUAGAGAGAAAAGUCCUCCUGGGAGAUGUCAAGACAGAAGUCCAGCACCCACUGGAAGGCCGAGUCCCGGUGCAGAAAGACGGGGGGUGUCUGAAGACGGAAAGGUUAUGCAUCCAUCUUCCGGAAGUCUGCAAAACUCCAGUGGCAGAAAAUCACCAGUGCAGGCUUCCCAGGCCGCCACACUGCAGGAGCAGAUGGCAGCAGCUGGAGGAGCUGACAGAAGUUCAUCAGUCUCUGAGAGUUCUGAAGGCGGAUUUCUCAGCCAUGUUCCACCUGACGAGUUGGCCGGUUCUUCCCCAAACAUUGCAGAGCUGCAGAAUCUUCCUGUAAACCCACCAUCUUCCCUGGAAAUAGUACAAGCCAUGGACACUAAGAUGAAAAAGGAGGAAGUACAGGAAGAAAAACGACAUCCAAAUGGCAAGGCAGAUGACUGCCGGCGGUCCGGUUUCUCCAAGUGA